AUGCCGCCUUUCAAAGAUGACCAGAUAAUUAUCAUUGCGCCUGGUUCGGAGACCACCAUCGCGCAGCUGGGCCUGCCCGAGUCUUUCACUCCUGCGCGUCUUCGCGUGAGAUCGCGCAUGUUCCCUGCCGAAAAGGAAGGUGAAUUCGAGCCCUAUAAAAUCCGAAGAAAGCAGGAUCAGCCCGCCGCGACGAAUGGCGAAUCCAAAGACGAGUCGCAAGAAGAGAAGAAGCCCACCGAAGGCGACGAUGAAGCAGUAUGGGAAGAAGACCGCGUAUCAGAAGAAGGCGCAAUAUGGCCGAUUCAACAAGGCAGGAUCGUUGACUGGCCAUGCUUCUUUGCCCUCAUCACUCACACCUACAACUCUCUGAACCCGCCUUUCCACACCCCGAUUCUACUCAUCACGCAACCGGCAUGGACCCCACGAGAGCACGAGAAGCUCACCCAGUUCUUCUUCGAGAAGUUCAAGGUGCCAGCCUUCGGACUCAUGGACGCGGCACUAGCGACAACAUGGGCAUAUGGCGUACAUACAGCGACGGUGAUAGACGUGGGCAAAGACAAGGCAGACAUCACCGCUGUCAGUGAAUUCAUUCCACACACACAAGGCAGGGUUAUCUCAUUGGAGGGAUGUGGAGGCGAAGCCUUUACCCAAGGGCUGUUGUCUAAGCUAAAGUCCAAGGGCCUCAACCGCGACAUGUGUGAACAACUCAAGAGAUCACCGAUAUGUGAGCUCCUACCACCCGGCACUCCGCUGCCAGGGCCUGGCGAUGCCUCCUCGAAAGACGCCCCUACAAACCCUGCGGCAGUUGCAUCGACCGGCGCUACCGGACCUGGCGCAGCGGCAGCAGCCUCCAUCGGAAACGUGCCACGGGGCCCUGGUCUGGAUACAGAAGUUGGCGAAGACACGAGUCUCGAAGAGAGUGAAGGUGUUCUGGAUGUUGCAAGCAUCGUUGCUGGCGGCAAGAUGUCUGAAUACCUCGCCAAGAAGGAGAAAGAGAAGCAGGAAAAAGCCAACGCGAAGAAGAAGGGUGGUCCGGCUCCCACAGCCAACAAGCCGGUCAGGUUACCCAAUUCCCGACUCGAGAAAGCCACAUUCCUGUACGAGGACCACGCGCUCCUAGAUACCUUGAAGAACAUGAACCUCAACACCCAGGAGAUGGCAGAUGCGAAGGGCGCUCUAGAUGAAGGCCCCAAUAGAAAGGGACACGAGAAUGGAGAGAAUGGCGAGCCUACUUCUGCAACUGAAGCAAAUGGUACUAGCGAAUCUGGCGCCACCGGUAAACGAACAGGAUCGAUAAGACGUGAAAUCGAGGUGGGCACCGAGCGAUUCAUGGCGGAUGGCGAUGGUACAUUGGAGAAGAUUGCAGACGCCGUGCACAGGGCUAUAUCGUCUAUUGACGAGGUUGGCAAGAGAAGUGAUCUAUGGGAACAGCUUAUCGUCUGUGGUAACGGGUCAAAGCUGCGAGGUUUCAAAGAGUCUCUCCUCCAGACGAUCCAGGCCAAGUAUCUGGUCUCGCCCUCUUCCGCCACCAUCUUCACAUCUGAGAUCCCGUCCAACAUCUCAACGCCUAUGGGAACCGGGGCGAACACACCUCAGCCUCAGCUCGGCCCACAUGGCGGCUCGCAAGUCAACCCGCUCCUACUCGCAGCAACAACCGCGCAGACACAACACAUGAUGCCACACGGUGGCAUUCCCGGCAUGUCAGGCAACACUCACUCAUCGCACGGCCAGACACCCACAUCGAUCAAGUUCAUCAAGCCUCCGGAGUACUUCCCCGAGUUCAAGGAUGUUGGAUUUGAUGAGUCAGCCUUCCUAGGUGCCCAGGUCGCAGCAAAGGUCAUCUUCGUAGUUGAUCAGGGUCAAAGUAAGGGUUACAUGACACGACCCGACUACAAUGACCAGGGUCCACAAGGUAUCCACGAUUACAGCCUGUAA